CUUUUCUCUCCUCAGCGACAAUCUACUAACUCGACAGCCACCGCCCUUCCCUCCACGUUUUCCCAAGCUCACACAAAGUCGCCAACAUGGGUCGCGUCCGAACAAAGACCGUUAAGAAGUCCGCCAAGGUCAUCAUUGAGCGGUACUACCCCAAGCUGUCGCUCGACUUCGAGACCAACAAAAGGAUCUGUGAUGAGAUUGCCAUCAUUGCCUCGAAGCGUCUGCGGAACAAGAUUGCCGGAUACACCACUCAUCUGAUGAAGCGUAUCCAGCGUGGUCCCGUCCGCGGUAUCUCCUUCAAGCUCCAGGAAGAGGAGCGUGAGCGCAAGGAUCAAUACGUCCCCGAGAUCUCCGCCCUCGACUUCACCCAGAACAGCGAGUCUGGUUCGCUCGACGUCGACCAGGAGACCAAGGACCUGCUCAAGAGCUUGGGCUUCGACAACAUCCCCACCAACGUCAUCGCCGUCUCCCAGCAACAGGUUGUCGAGCGCGGUCCCCGUCGCUUCAACGACCGCAACCAGCAGAACCGCUCUUAGAUGCGCGGUCCGGUCUUCCUUCCCUUCUGGAUUUACUGAAAACAUGGUGUCAUCUGGGAAUGGGGUUCUGCCACGACUAUGGCAUGGUUUUAUGGCUAUAUACGGCGGCAUGAUGAUCAGGAGUCAAUGAAAAAAGGUCCUCUCCCCCUAGGUGUCGCUGAGUCUGAGUGCCGCAAGGUGCGAAGAUGAUGCUUGAUUGCCAUUUUCCCCUUCCCCUUCGCUACGUGAUGUUGUCUUGGUGAUUUGGGUGAACGUGUGAUGCGACAAGGCGGUAGACUAACUCAGCAGGUAAGUGCACUUCUCUUUAGAACUCUUCGAUGUCUAUAGGCGAGAUAUCAUUGUUAUCAGUCCUGGAUUCGUAGUAUCCAAAUGAAAUAUUCGUCGUCCGU